AUGCAGGAGGAGCUGGUGAAAGAAACCCAGUCUCCUUCCUUGGGGAAAGAUAAAGCAGAUACAGUGAUCAUCGGAGGUGGUUGCGUUGGUGUGAGUCUAGCCUAUCACUUGGCUAAGGCUGGCUUGAAGGAUGUCGUUCUGCUAGAAAAAUCUGAGCUCACUGCAGGAUCUACUUGGCAUGCAGCUGGUUUAACUACUUAUUUUCAUCCUGGAAUAAACCUGAAGAAAAUCCAUUCUUACAGCAUCAAACUCUAUGAAAAGCUGGAAGAAGAGACUGGACAGGCUGUGGGGUUUCAUCAGCCUGGCAGCAUCAGAAUUGCUUCAACCCCCACUAGGGUGGAUGAAUUCAAAUACCAAAUGACUCGUGCUGGUUGGCACCCAACAGAGCAGUACCUAAUCACGCCUGAGAAAGUACAAGAGCUAUUUCCCUUAUUGAACAUGGAUACGGUUUUAGCUGGCCUGUAUAACCCUGGAGAUGGUCAUAUUGAUCCCUACUCUCUCACUAUGGCCUUGGCUGCAGGAGCCAGAAAAUAUGGUGCCAAACUAAAUUACCCUGUCCAAGUGACUAAUCUUAACUCCCGAUCAGAUGGGACAUGGGAAGUUGAAACUCCACUUGGAAUGAUUCGAGCAAGGAGAAUUGUGAAUACUGCAGGUGGUUCGAGCACCGGCAGCAAGCGGAACACUUACGUGCUAGAGGACUUGCAGAAUAAGGAAGCUCAAACUGGGAGGGACUGUGGGGAUGGCAACAGUGAGGAUGACACCAUAGAGAGGGAGAGCGGAAAAGGAUCUGACAUGUUUCGAUAA